AUGGCGAACGAAUCGACGGCACAGCAGCAGGAUAACAGCUUCCUCUUGAAUCUGCUUGCAAUGUGUACCAACAAUAAUAAUACACCCCAAACGUCUACAUCGAACGUUACUCUUCCAACACCAUCGCGAUCGUGGUUCUUUGAUAUGAAUACUGAAAGCAAGGUGCCAGCUCCAGUGCCAGCUACGAGUUCUAUACCUCAACAGAAGCCAACAGCAGAGUUUGAGUCUUCACAGCCCAACCAAACCGUGCCAGCGUCUAUCACUACACCUUUACCAUCACCGCCCAGCUCUUUUCAUUCUUCGACACCGCCAUACAUGAAACCGGACCAUCCGCAACCACACCCUCGGAUGAAUAACCAACAAAAAUGGCAAAAGAAGCGCAAGGGCAACUUUCAAAACAGGCAUCAUACUGCUGGUGAAUCAACGCAUGGCUCGAAUAGAAAUGAUUUCAAUGGUUACGACUCAUCAUCUAAGAAACGUCAAAGAUACGAAGCAUCUCCAGCACAUACCUCGUCGGCUAGCAUGAGCCCUAUGUCGUCUAUACCAACAUCAUCAGCAUCUAAAAGUUCUCAAUUCAAUAAUGAACGCUUGUAUAAUACGCCACGUGAUCCACGACAACGACAUCCUCAUGCUCAACGAGAGAGAUUUAUGGAUAUUAGACAACCACAUCCUUCCACAUCCGCAUCCACAUCAAUACAAGGGUCACGAUAUUCUUCCCCAGAACAACGUAAAACGACCAAUGUUGUACAUAAGCCUGAGAACGGCUCUGCUGAAAGUGAAGAACCUUUGUGCUCGUUUAUUUCCGUUGGUAAUUGUAACAAGUCGAAUUGCCCUUUUCGCCAUGAAGGAGACACCAUUCAAUUGGUAUGCCGCCAUUUCAAAACGAAUUCAUGCAGCAAAGGAGCUGAGUGCACUUUCCUCCAUGACUUGAGCGCAGAGCCAUGUCGAUUCUUCCAUUUGGGCAACUGCAAGUUGGGUGAUAGAUGUCCAUAUUCUCAUGAAACGCCUUUGACACGAGAGCUGCUUGUUCGAUUGCGCUCCCUUACAGAGAACUGCAAAUACUAUCAUGAAAAAGGAUACUGCACCAACGGUGACGAAUGCCUAUUCAUCCAUUAA